AUGAUAAAAUUAAUCAUUUUGGCACUAUGUCUCUCGACAACCGCAUUUUGUCAAAUUAAUUCACGUAAACAAGGUGUAGGCCCAGGAGACCAGGAUUGGGGCUAUGUUACUGUCCGAGAAGGAGCCCAUAUGUUCUGGUGGUUGUACCACACAACAGCCCCUGUUUCCGACCCCACAGAAAGACCCCUUGUGGUCUGGCUUCAAGGAGGACCAGGAGCCAGUUCAACUGGUUAUGGAAACUUUGAGGAACUGGGACCAGUUGAUGUGAAUCUCAACGAACGCAAUUUUACAUGGGUGAAAGAAGUGAAUGUCCUCUUCAUAGACAAUCCAGUUGGAACUGGCUUCAGUUAUGUAGAAAAAACAUCACAAUUGACCAAAAAUAAUCGGGAAAUAGCAUUAGACUUGAUUCAACUUAUGCAUGGAUUUUAUAAAGCCCAGCCUCAAUACCAAAAAGUUCCCUUCUACGUCGUAGCAGAAUCAUAUGGAGGAAAAAUGGCAGCAGAAUUUGUAUAUGAAUUAUAUAAGGAAAUUCAAGCCGGAAAAAUUGAAUGCAAUUUGAAAGGUGUAGCUAUGGGCGACUCCUGGAUAUCACCCAUGGAUUCCGUAUGGACUUGGGCACCUUACCUAAUGAAUAACGGAAUUUUAGAUAAGGAAGGCUAUAACGCUGUGAUGGCAGCAGCAAAGCAAACACAAAUUGCAUUCGACAAUGGAGAUUUCGAAGGAGCAACAGAUGCUUGGGGACGCACUGAAAACGUAAUCAUGGACUAUUCCUACGGCGUCGAUUUUUAUAACAUAUUAUUAGAAGUUUAUGGGUUCAGGAACGAAAAAUUGCACAAAGCCUUCAAAGAAAAUCCUAAAGCUGGUCUCUAUGAAUUAAUGGUAAACAGAGGACAUACUAGAGCCGAUCCAUUGGACUUCCUUAUGAAUGGUCUUGUUAAAAAGACUUUACAAAUUCCGCAACAUGUUGUUUGGGGUGGUCAAAGCGGUUAUACAUUUAACACCCUUAGUGGAGACUUUAUGAAACCCUGCACAGAGAUGGUGGAGUUGCUGUUAAACAAGACGAAUGUUCAAGUUGUUGUUUUCACUGGUCAACUGGAUUUAAUUGUGGACACGCCAGGAACAAUUGAAUGGGUCUCGCAUUUGCGUUGGCCAGAACAGAGCAAGUGGCAGAACUCUGAUCGUGAACCAUUGGUGGUUAAAAGUAUUGUUGAAGGUUACCAAAAGAAGUAUGGUCGUUUUGAUUUAUACUGGAUAAAUAGAUCAGGCCAUAUGGUGCCUAGUGACAAUCCCAAAGCUAUGGGCCAAAUUUUGAGAGACCUUACUUCUUUUGGUUAA